AUUUAUUUAUUUUUGUUUGUUUAUUUAAUUUUAAACCAAAGGUAUUAGAGAUAUUUUACCCUUUAAUGAAUGUCAUUUUUGUGACUUUCUCCUUCUAGUACUAUUUUUGAGACAUAAACUUCAAAAGGUGCUAUUAUUGACAAUUGCCCUAAAAUAAUUGAGAGUUGGAAUAUCAAAAUAAUUAAGUGCACAAAAUCUAUAUAUGUAACGUAAUGUAUUUGUGUGCGUGGCGUAUCUAUUGAAAUCUGGACACAAUCUGAUCCAGCGAUGCAUUUUAGUUAUACUAAAUGUCUUUAAAUAAAAACAUAAAAUAAAUAUUAGUUACUAAAGGCUUAUAAAAGGAGAUCACCAAUUCACCAUGAAAGAGAUCUCUCGGAUUCAUUAGCUCAAAGCCAACCAUAACAAGAAAAAUCAAUCUCUCUCUCUAGAGAAGACUUUCUCUCUCCAGUUCUUGAUUUUCCGGUGUAUAUUAAAAAUUAAUUCUGAUCAAAGAGACAUGGGAAGUAGUUUCUUUGGUAAACCAAACAUGAGAGGAUUUUCACCGUCUUCAUCGUCUCCAACAUCGUCUUCUUCAUCCCCGGGGACGAGAAGGGGGAAGAAGAAUGGUUCCGAGAAGCCAAAGCAGCCACAGAGAGGUCUCGGAGUUGCCCAGCUGGAGAAAAUUAGAUUACACGGCGAGAUGAGUUGCAACAGCUUCGACAGUUACAGUUCUUCUUUGUAUCCUCAGGAGAAUGUGAGGAUGCAAGGAGAAUAUUCAUCCAUACCAUCAUCAUCGCCAUCCUUUACAUAUGCAUCAGCAUCACCAUCUUAUGGCCUCUAUCCUAAUAUGAUGAUAGAUGUACAUAGAGAUCAAUACGAGAGAGCAACCAUGAGUUGGAACCCACGCUACGGCAUCUUAGAGAGCCACCAUUAUUUGGAACCAAACACCACCAGACAUAUAUUUAACGAGGAUCCAUGUUUUACAAGGCGAAGUAAAUCGUUGGGAUCAGGAAACCAAAACUCGGGAUCGAAUGACAAUCAAGAGCUAGAUUUGGAGUUGAGAUUGUCACUCUAAUCAUUUGUAAUAGUUUGCUUUUCAUGAAAUUGGAAACAAGUCGCGCAUUGUGAUUAUGCUUUUUAUAUAUUCUAUGUUGUUUUGCUGAAAAUAAAAUCGAAGCAACAACAGCUGAAUAUAUUCGGUUUGGAGGUAUCUAGUUUAUUUUCUUCUUAGGGAUGAUUUGACCGUUCAGUAGAAAAGGGUUUAAAGAAUCGUUUGUAAA